AUGAUGGUAGGCCCAAAUCCACGAUCUACCAGUGCAUGCGAGACAUGUCGGAGACGCAAAGUAAAAUGUUCCGGCGAGAAGCCUUGUCGGGCUUGUGUAAAACACGAUUGGGAGUGCACCUUUGGACAUUCCGGUCGCAGACGGUUCUCUGAAGCGCAAGUAAAACAUCUUUUGGAAAAAAUCCGAGUUUACGAGGAGCAACUCGGUCCGCAGGCUGCAGCAGGGCCAUCCCCUUCCUUUCCUUCUUCGAUAGCGCAGGAUAGAACCCUCGGCCAACAAUCUAUGCAACGAAAUUCAACAUCUGGGAAUCCCGAGCCCCGAAAUCGGACAACGGAGGAGCUAUCAUAUGCUGAUAAUGAUCCUGUGAUCAGUCCAGCAACGGAUCUAACCUCCGGGCCUGCAUUCGAGUCUCAAGUGAAGUCCCUACUUGACAGAUCGCACUCGAAUGACCUUAACUUCCAUGAAUACUCCCCAGAGUUCCAAUAUAGAGCAGAUCGGCUACCACAAUGGGCAUCGGUCAAAGACCUGAUCGACAAUGUCACCGGUGUGACCUUUCCAUCUUUGGAGGAAUCGCAGCAUUUGCUUGAUCAAUUCCUUUUCUAUCUGGGGGUAAGCCAGCAUUUCUUCGAUCCACGCUCUUUCUCGGAUGAUCUCAUGCUGCUCUUUCAAAACCCAGAGACGAGGAAACAGCAGAUGCGUUCCUCGUGGUUUACGGAAUAUCUCAUGGUCAUGGCCAUGGCAAGGCUAAUGGACGUGAAACAUCCAAUAUCCCGAACCCCGGGGGCGGACUUGUUCGCGGAAGCUUUGAGACGCCUUCCCCCAUUACAUCACAUGGGAGGGGAAGGUGUCGUCGCUGUGGAGAUCUUGACUCUGAUUGCUACAUACCUACAGUGGUGUGACCGGAAACAUGAUGCUUAUCUCUAUAUCGGAAUUGCUCUGCGGCUUGCUAUUGCUCUUGGAUGCAAUCUACGCGAAAGCGAUCAACGCUGUCUUCCUUCCCAGAGUGCUCAUAGGUUACGACUCUGGUGGACAGUAUACAUGCUCGAUAGACGCCUUUCUUCCGGCCUGGGGCUGGCUGCAGGGGCCGAUGAACGACAGCUGUGCACGGAACUCCCGCGGAACGCAAUGGGCUUUCAGUCUCCAGUUGCCCUUGCCAUCAACGUUCGCAUUGCACGUGUAACUGAUGAUAUCAUGUCUACCACAACAGCUUUAUAUGGCAACAAGUCAAUAACUCAACUGGAAUUGGUGCAAAAGAUCCAGCAAAUCCUCCAAGAAUUGCAUGAUACUGGCCGUUCAUUCCCCAAAUCCUUAACUUUGGAUUUCAAUCGACCUUUGCAGCUAGUAACUCGCACAGGUGCAUCAUUGUAUUUGAUGUUAUUCCAAGCUAUCAUCCUAUGUACUCGGCCAAUACUACUUCAAAGAGCUCGGUUUGACGCGCAGAGGCAUCAAUCGCGACCGCCGGAUCCAGCGCCGAGUAUACUGCUCCGUCUUUGCGAUACAUGUGAUGAGGCGGCCACCAGAAGUCUCGCUAUUCUUGACUCGCUACGACGUCAGCAAACCAUUCCUCGGUAUGGCUUCUUCGAUCUUGAUGCAACAUUCUCUGCUGCAUUUGUGUUGGUGAUGGUAGGAUUUCUGGACAAGUCGCCCAACCAGCCUCCCUCAGCACUCGACCAAGCAUCCAAGGUCCUCCAAUUUUUAUCACAGUCUGGCAAUUUGGCUGCCGAGCGACGCUUACAGGAUAUCGCACAAUCCUUUUCGCACGUUUGGCCCAAUCAUGUUUUUGAUACAACUGCCUCACCGAGUGACACAGGUCCUCAAGCCAAGGCACAUACAUUUGCAGCGAGGUUAUCGGACCCAGGAGUCCAUCCGUUGUUGGGUUCAUCAGAUGGCCCGGUCAAUAUGGGUGUGGCCUCAAGUGCUCAGAGAAAUCAUCGAGACGAGACCAGUUUACUGGAGCCAUGGUCAAAUAUGGAUGGUCAAGAUGCCAUGUUUGAUAUGCAGGGAGACUGGAACCAGGAUCUCUCGGGCGAAGCCGAAGGGAUAUAUUCCAGUUUUAAUAACCCAACAUUGCCGUUGACCGGAGUUGACUAUAUCGACUGGUUGGAAAUCGAGAAAAUUUUGAAUGGUCCAUAG